AUGAAAAGAAGAAAGGAAGGAGACCUGCAGGAAGACUGUGCCUAUCCUCGGAGGACAGUGUCGGGGAGGUGUUCAGAAGGCAGGGUAUGGAUUGGAGCAGAAAAGAAUUGGUUAAAAAGUGAGACAUCUGGUCCAGACUCUACAAGCAACACCACACUGGAUAGCGGUACUUGGGGAUUAAAGAUUAUGACUUUAUUCAAAAGAACUUUGCAGCUGAAACACUCGGAAUUCUUGUUGAGAAUUAUGGUGAGCAUGCUCUGUUAG